AUGACAACGUUCCCAGUACAACAGUGGAAUUUGGGAGUUGGCCCAAUUAUAUGUCAUGCUUGGAACGGCGAUCGUACACAAUUAGCGGUAUCACCGUCGACCAGUGUUAUACUCAUAUUCCAGUGGGAAAAAACACAGUGGAAAUUGAUCCACACUCUGACUGAACAUGAUCUUCCCGUGACAGGUUUAGACUGGUCGCCAAAGUCAAACCGGAUCGUCUCCUGCUCACAGGACAAGAAUGCAUUCGUUUGGACAGCAGAUGGAGAUAAAUGGAAACCAGAGCUUGUACUGGUACGCAUAAAUAGAGCCGCCACAGCUGUAAAAUGGUCCCCAGUGGAAAACAAAUUUGCUGUCGCCAGUGGGGCAAAGCUGGUUUCUGUCUGUUAUUAUGAAAAAGAAAACGAUUGGUGGGUUUCGAAACAGAUUAAAAAGCCAAUCAAAUCGACAGUUACCUGUAUUGAUUGGCAUCCAAACAAUGUAGUACUCGGUGUUGGUGCUUGCGACUUCAAGGUACGUGUUUUUUCUGCCUACGUCAAAGAAGUUGACGAAAAACCUAGCCCAAAUCCAUGGGGAAACAAGUUACCUUUUGGUGCACUGCUUGCUGAGGUGUCUAGUAGUGGCUGGAUACAUAGUGUAGCCUUCUCUCCUUCUGGCGCUCGUCUUGGGUUUGUGUCUCAUGACUCAGCCAUUGCUCUUAUUGAUAGCAACAAGUCGUUGAAGGAUGCAGUGCAAUUGAAAACCAAAUUUUUGCCGUUCACUUGUGUUAAAUGGGUUACAGAGAAUUCCCUUAUUGCAGGAGGCCAUGAUUGUUCACCAAUGUUAUUCACUUACCUAAAGGACGAACUUAAAUUUGUCACGAAGUUGGAUGUUCCUUCGGGUCAAAAAGCGGACAGUCAGAAGAGUGCUAUGCAGAAAUUUAAAAAUAUAGACCGAACUGCCGCUUCAGAAUCUGUCAAUGUUCAGUUGCCUACUCUACAUCAGAAUGCUAUCACUGAGAUAUUACCUCAUUCUGGGAAACCCGAUAAUGUACAGAAGUUUACAACGUGUGGAAUUGAUGGCUUGGUAGCUUUAUGGGAUCUCAAGGUAUGUUAA